AUGGCUGUAGAAAGACUGGGCUCCAUCCUCAAACAUCUCACCCCCGGAGGGGCUGUCAAUUCCAUAACCGCUAAGAACGCCGACGACAUUGUCAUCACGCUAGCCAUCCGUACGCCGCUUGCGAAAGCCAAGAAGGGAGGCUUCAAGGACACGAGUCUCGAAUACUUGGUGUACGCCCUCUUGAAGGAGGUCAAGGAGCGCUGUGGCAUAGAUCCUGCGCUGGUUGAGGAUAUCUGCCUUGGAAACGUUUCCGAUGGCAAAGCAGCCUACAAGCUCCGCGCUGCUGCCCUGUCCGCCGGCUUCCCCAAUACUGCGGGCGCCUCCUCCGUGAAUCGUUUCUGCUCGUCAGGCCUCAAGGCCACCGCCGACAUUGCCCACCAGAUUUCAAAUGGCUCGAUCGAGGUCGGCAUUGCGAUUGGCGCAGAGUCCAUGACAGUUGGUGGAGAUCGCCUUGACCAGCCAUUCGAUGAGGAGGUGACAAAGCACAGUCAAGAGUCUCGGGACUGCAUGGAGGCCAUGGGAUGGACAAGUGAGAAUGUCAGCCGAGACUUUGGCAUCUCAAGAGAAGAAAUGGACAAAUACGCCGCUGAGAGCUUCCGACGAGCCGAGAGUGCCCAGAAUGCCGGCUUGUUCGAUGACGAGAUUGUGCCGAUCAAGACGAGAGUCAAGGGCCCGGACGGAGAGUGGAAGGAGGUCGUGCUGACCAAGGACGAGGGCAUCCGACCAGGAACGACGGCCGAGGGCCUGGGCAAAAUCAGGGCAGCGUUUCCCCAGUGGGGUACGACGACCACUGGUGGCAAUGCCAGCCAAGUUACUGAUGGAGCUGCCGCCGUCCUGCUUAUGAAGCGAUCAACAGCCAUCAAGCUCGGCCAACCUAUCGUGGCCAAAUAUGUCGGCUCAACCGUGGCUGGCCUUGCACCCCGAAUCAUGGGUAUCGGGCCAUCGAUCGCCAUCCCCAAGCUUCUCGGACAAUACAACCUCUCGCUGGACGACAUUGACGUCGUGGAGGUCAAUGAGGCCUUCGCUAGCAUGGCAGUCUACUGUCGUGACAAACUGGCGCUCGACUGGGCCAAGAUGAAUCCCCGAGGAGGCGCCAUUGCCCUUGGCCACCCGCUUGGUGCCACUGGUGCUAGGCAGAUAGUCACCGGCUUAAGCGAGUGCCGAAGAACAGGCAAAAAGAUCUUGUUGACGAGUAUGUGUAUCGGUACGGGGCAAGGCAUGGCUGGCUUGUUUGUGAGCGAGCAGUAG